UAUGUGAGAGCAGAGAGAGUUUUAUACACAAGUGCAGAUGUGUGCGGAUCCGCGCUCCACUUUUCUUCUUUCACUGUUAUUCUCGGGACUCGUGUAAACAUGCAGCCGCCGCCGAGGAAGGUGAAAGUAAGCCAGGAGCUGAAGCACUCGCACACUGAACAGCUGAACAAACUUCACGUCAAACAUCAGACUGACUGUGACCUUCUGGAGGACCUGAGGACGUACAGUCAGAAGAAGGCGGUUAUAGAGAAGGACUAUGCACAGGCUCUGCAGAAAUUGGCUUCUCAGUAUUUGAAGAGGGAAUGGCCUGGGGUCCAGUCAGAAGAUCAGCUGGACUUCAGGAAUGUUUGCACAGUAUGGAGGGCGUAUCUGGACGGGGUAGUGAAAGUGACCCAGUCUCGGAUCAGUGGCUGUGACAGCUACAGGAGUCAAGUCUCCGAGCCUAUCAAAACUUUCCGAGUGCACAAAGAGCAGCAGCUAAAGAAAUGUAUCGAGCAGCUGACGCGGAUUCAAGCCGAGCUGCAAGACACAGUGAAGGAUGUGACCAAGUCCAGGAAGAAGUACCAGGAAGCAGAGCAGAUGGCUCAGGCUGUGCGAGAGAAAGCAGACAUGGAAGCCAAGUCCAAGCUCAGUCUGUUUCAGUCCAGAUCCAGUUUAAAAAGAGCAAGCGUAAAGUUGAAAGCCAAGAAAAAUGAGUGUAACUCCAAAGCCACCCACGCCAGGAACGACUACCUGCUUACACUGGCAGCAGCCAAUACCCACCAGGGCCGUUACUACGAGACUGAUCUGAUCCGCUCCAUUAAGACUCUGGAUGGCAGCGUGUAUGAUCACAUGAAAGGCUAUCUGGUUUCACUCUGUCAAACAGAGCUGGAUGCGUCCCAUGUUGUCCAGGACACCUUCAACUUCCUGCUGGAGAAAUCGAGUGAAGUAAUACAGGAUUUUCACCAGGAGCUUUUUAUCCAGGAGAACUCUGUGUUUCAGAAAGCUGCAACGUUCAGCUUUCAUCCCUGUGAUAAUGAUUCGGUAUCACAGCUCCAGAAAGAGAAUGGCACAGCUGAGGAGCACAGUCUGAAUAAAGAGGCGCGGAAAUGGGCGACCCGUGUAGCCAGGGAGCACAAGAACAUCAUCCACAGUCAGAGGACUCUGUCUGAAUGUGAAGGUUCACCUCAGCAAGAGCAAAAUUCCUGUGAUUCAGAGAUUAAGGUGGAGGAGGCAAAAGAAAGCAUCCGAAAAGCUGAGACGGUGAAGCUGAAAGCAGAAGCUCGUCUAAACUUGCUUAGAGAUGUGGGCGUGACGGUAGACACCUGGUUAAAAAGUGCUAUGAACCAAGUCAUGGAGGAGCUGGAGAACGAGAAAUGGGCCACAGUGCCCAAUGAUGCUUCGCUCUCUGUAAGUCACAUGAGCACAGUAGAUCUGGAACGAGAGGACGACGAGGAGACUGAGGACACGGAAACUUUGGAUGAUAGUAGCUCCAGUCCUUCCAGCACUCUGAGGAACUAUCCGCUGACCUGCAAAGUGCUAUACUCAUACCAGGCAUCACAGCCAGAUGAGCUGACUAUUGAGGAGCAGGAGGUGCUGGAAGUCAUAGAUGAUGGGGACAUGGAAGACUGGGUUAAGGCCAGAAACAGAGCAGGACAGGUGGGCUACGUGCCUGAGAAAUACCUGCAGUUACCCUCCUCUAACAGUCUGUUGAGCAUGCUUCAGUCGUUGGCAGCACUGGAAACGCGUUCCUAUUCAUCUAGUAACUCCACCGAGCAGGAGCCUGACUCUGCCUGUGAUCAUACCCCGACCAGCCCCAACGGAGACAACAGUGUGCGCUUUGCGAAGGCUCUGUACGAUUACCAGGCUCAGACAGAGGAUGAACUUUCCUUCCCUGAAGGCGCCAUCAUUCGCAUUCUGAACAAAGACAACCAGGAGGACGACGGCUUCUGGGAGGGAGAGUUUAAUGGGAGCGUGGGGGUUUUCCCUGCUGUUUUAGUGGAAGAUCUGACUGCACCAAACUGUGAGGAUGCUCACACCAGCAUGGAAACACAGGGGUCUCCGUGCACUCAGGGUCGUCCUUCUCGUCCCUCAUCGAUGAUUCAGUAUCAGCCUCAAUCCUGCAGCAGCCCAAUUUCCAGUCCUCUUGCCACACCCACUCUGCCCUCUCCUGUCUCCAGCCCAGUAAGCUCCACUGCCUUACCUCUCUCAAGCCCACGCACCCUCAACGGCUUUCACAGACCGGCCCCGGCUCCCCCGAAGACACCUGCUAAUAAUCAUGCCCACAGCUCCACACCACCACCCAAGUACCCUGCAGAUGGCAGACCAGGGACCCUGAGACCUGUGCGUGCUGCACCUCCCCCUCCUCCCAAACAGCAGGCCCAGGGCCAAGUGCAGAAAAAGGAAGAGGUGGAGAUAACACUAGUCACGUCCAAUUGCCCGAUUGCGUCAUGCUUCCUCUCCACCAAUGCCGAUCCCCGCUCUGAUUGAGGAGAACGAAGCUAACCCACGCCCCCUCCGACAAGUGGGCAGCAUGCCGUAUGCAUCUUAUCACCUACACUUUGACGAGUGCAGUGCAGCUCAGCACUGUGUACAGAGAGCAGAGCAGAGCGCUGAACAAA